AAAGUUAUGCAGCUUUAAAGUGCCAGAAUGUGACAAUGCAACCGCAGAAUGUAACGAUUAUAAUGGGAUUGCAGUCUGUCAGUGUAAGGAUGGUUAUUUCAAAUACAGUGCUAUGGAUCAUUCAUGUAGAGCGUGUGACGAUGGCUAUAAAUUAGAGAAUGGAACCUGUGCACCUUGUCUGUUUGGAUUUGGUGGAUUCAACUGCAAAAAUCCUUAUAAGCUCAUCACUGUGGUGAUUGCUGCAGCUGGAGGAGGAUUGCUGCUAAUCUUGGGCAUUGCAUUAACUGUCACAUGUUGCAGGAAAGGAAAAAAUGAUAUCAGCAAACUGAUCUUCAAGAGUGCUGAGUUUCAGAGAUCCCCCUAUGCUGAGUUUCCCAAAAAUCCCCGGAUAUCAGUAGAGUGGGGCAGAGAAACAAUAGAGAUGCAGGAGAAUGGCAGCACGAAAAACCUGCUGCAGAUGACAGAUGUAUACUAUUCGUCUGGCUUGAGGGGCUCAGAAGUGGAUAGGAAUGGUCUGCACACUUACAGUGGUCUACCAGGAUCACGUUACUCUUGCAUCUACACUGGACAAUACAAUCCAUCUUUUAGCAGUGAUGAAUCAAGGAGACGGGACUAUUUUUAGCCAAGUUAAUAAAUACAUUUGUGGCAAAACAAAUAUGGGACCACUGAGUCAGAAAUGAGUGGAAUUACUGCCAAACAAAAAGCUGGAUUCUGAACAUUUAUGGCAAAGGACCAGUGCAAUGUGAAGGAAAAGCUGUCAGCAGUAUGUGUCUCAUGGCAACUACCAUAGAUCACACUGUGAUGGACAAAUGAUGGAACUGAUAUAAGCUGUACUGAACAAGCUUAUUAGCAACAGCACAAAAAAAUGCUUAAAAAUGAGCAAUAUACACUGUGUAUUUUUGAAAUUCAUGUUUCUAGUUUAUUAAUAACUUAUAAACUGUUACAGUAUUUUCAUACUGAUAAAAUGAUAAUGUUGCACAAGUCUAAGAAACACUAACUGAUGAAUUUGUGGAAGAUACUGUUGUCAUCUCUAGCCUAGUACUCAAAUAUUGUGUGGAUGGAUGCUAUAGGAGAGUUGUUACCUAUCAAGAUUUGGGCUUUAUUCGUACUGGAAUUGUUGGUACCAGUAUGUGCAUUCUUGACCGAUUCUGUAUGCCUCUCUAGAUCACUUUUUUUCCCAUCAUUCCUUCUUUUCCCUCACAAUAGAUCUUUCAGCAGCUAAAUAUGAGUAAAAGUAGAAAUUUAUGCUAUUGUGGGAACUCUGGUUUAAUUAUACCUUGAAAAAUUGCACUCAGAGCACCACAUGCCUUCUAGCAAUCUGUUGUGCGGGGAUUUAUAUUCUGUUCUGGUUUGGAUUCUGAUUAUAUGUCAUUAUUUUCAGAGCUUUCAGAAUCUCUUCAUACCGCUCAUUCCAAACCACUGAAGUUGCUUUACUUCCUCUGAGAGACUGAACAGCUAUCUUUACCUGUGUAAUUUAAAACUGCAUUGCAUCGAUUGGUCAUUAUUAUUCCAUAUUUAUACAAUGACUUUGUGUAGCCUGUUGUGUUUUUUCUGUCUGCGGGAUACUUAAGUGAAUCUUUUAACUCAGUUGGCAGCUCCAUUCUCAAUAUUUUGAAGAACAAAAAAUAUUUUACGAACAGGAAAUGGUCAUUAGGUCUAAUAUGGUGUGUCCAUUUUAAUUGAUCUAAAUAUCAGUUAUGACACCUAUAUAGUCAUCAUGUUUCUCAAUACAUACUUCAGAAACUAUUUACAGUAUAUUAUUUUAUACUUAUUCCACAAAAUUUUCCAGACAGUGUAACUUCAAUACAACAUAGAUGUCAGGGAAUAACAGUAAUACUGCUUUAUUACAACCUGCAUUGUAAUUGGAAUUAAAAUUUACAUAAUUUCUGUCUGGGGGGAACAUAAUACCCAUGGUAUAUUGAAAAGUGCAAUAAAACAAUGCACGUUAUAUAGAGGUUGCACUGUAUUAAGGGGGAGAAAAGCUCAGAAUGCCAUUUCUGAUUAAUCGUGCAUUUUAAGAAAAAGUCUCUAUGUAUUCAUCCUCACUGAGAUAGGUGCACUGAAUGUGUGGCCCUCCCCUAACCAUUUUAGAUGUGAGCCUGCAACAGCAAGGUUCAAUGGCACCUGAGCCACAAGGUGUCAAACACUACUGAGAGGUCCUUCCAUAAUUUCCCCAUACAAUGUUCCAUUGUAGAGUAUGUAAAAGAAAAUGGCAUGUAAGAAAGGGAUUAGUGCAUAGCCAAGGCAGUGGUCAGGUGGUCAAGAUCAGAAGUCCAAAAGAUGGGUAGGGAGGGUUGUCAGAAGCCUAAUCAGAGUCUUAGGGUGGGUGUUUGAAGUCUGGAGGGGGAACACUGGGGGAGGUGUUGUCGUGUGGGCCAGAGGACAAGAUUAGCAUUCUGGAGGGUGGUGUCAACAAUAGUUGGGGGAUUGUCAAGUGAUUGGCUUGUGGGUGUGCCAACUGAGUGUCAUCAUUUUGAGGGGGAUAAGCUGGAAUGGAAUCAAAUAAUGGAAACCUAACUGAGUGAGUUAUCCUAUGCCAGGCUGAAACUUGCACAGUGAAGCCACCUUUGAGUCCGGAAGCUGGAGGGCCAUUAAAGCAUAUUUGUUCAGUAAGUGCACAAUGACAGUUGCAUCUCAGAAUAACGUGAUCCAAUUUCCUGGCCAUAGCUCCAGUGGAGCAUUGUACAGAUAAUAAAGUUAUCCUAUACAUGUCUGUUGCAGGUACAAUGUUAUCUUGGCAAGUGUGAUUCACAGAGGAAAUGUCAAGUUGAAUUUCAAGAGUGGUACAAUUUGACCCAGAAAUGGACACCAUCACAUUCCACUCUGGAAAUAACAGAAUUUCAUUCACUUAGCAUUGCUAAAGACAGUGCUGUGUGACUCAGUUUUGGGGCUUGUGUGCAGUGCAGUUAAACUCUGCCUGAUUCAAUUGCAUAAGCCACUUUUAAUUUUUAAAAUUCCAAUUUAAUAGCCUUCCAGAACCAAACAACCUUAUCAUUCUCUCUUUAUGAUUUAUUGAUGCUUAUGAUCAUUUCAGUGAACUGGUUCCAUAUCUUCAUGAUCAAAAAUAUCUUUGCUCAGAUUAGAUGAUCAGAAGUAAAUCAAAAUGCUGGCUAAUCAAUGUCUCUUGUAACUCCAAAAUAAUCUCUUUUCAUUUUAAAUUUGUUCCUCUGCUAAUUGAGAACAUAGGAGAGAAAUAUAGUGGGAAGUGAAAUCUAGUCAGUUGGUCAAUUUAAGGUAAAAUCUACAAAAUAAUUUUAAAUGAACUUCCUUGCUGAAGAGAAGCACAGUGUGAAUAGUGUUAUGGCCUCAGUAAUCCAAAAAAUAUAAGCCCUUUCAGUAUAAUUGGGAAAUGAUGACUGGAACUAGUGAUUCUCCCAUUCAUCUAUAUAAAAAAUGCAAUACUUCACAAUUGACCUCAGGACUAAUGCACUCACUUAUUUCUAGCUUGAGAAGUUGCGAUUUUAGUACAAUUUUUAAAAUUAAUGAUUUAUUUAUCAAUAUUUUUUCCCUUUACUUAUUUUAUAUUAUUAUUGUUAUAUACCUUCUCCAGAGUUUUCCAAAAAUCAAGUAUCUAUCAACUGGAUGAUUCUUGUUCCCUGAAAUGAAAAAAAAAUUGGAAAAUAGCAGAGAAACAUGAUCUCCCACUGAAGAAACCAUGGUGAACACACUUAAAAUAGUUAUACAACACCAAAGGCUAACUUUCUCCAAAAUCUUUUUGUAGAUUUUGUUUUCCAGUUAAUAAUUGACUUAUGAAACAUUGAUUUCCAUUUUCUAUCUUUCUCUUUGGUUUUCACCAAGGCAGCUGGGGGUGGUGCAUUCUGCUAUCAAUAAUAGCAUAGCUCACAUUGGGCUUAACAUGUGUACAACGUUCAUUAGGACUAUGGCGUUGACACGAAAAUAAAUGAGCCAAAAAUCCUGAGAAAAUUUGCCAUGAUAAUGAAAAUUUGCUUUUAGUAUCUCCAAUUCAGCAGUCUGUACAGCCUGAAACUAUUACAGAUCUGUCCCUUAGUGAAAUCUGGUGAGGAAACCUACAUUGGCAGCAGAUGUGUGCACAAUAAUUAAAACUUUGCCAUUUCUGGAAAAACACAUUAAACAGAGACACAUUGUAAGGUACACACGAGUACUUAAGCUUAAUGAUUGAGACAAUACUAUGGCAGGGGACUGCUGUCAGUUCAUCUGUACAUACUCCUGAUUAGGAGAAGGAAGUGAGGAAUUCCUGUCAAUCCCUCUCCCCCACCUUCAGUAUGCCCCUCCAUAUUAAAAAAGUCUAAAGGUUUAUGUGAGAAUUCACAUUCACAGGCCCCUCCAUAUUAAAAAAAGUCUAAAGGUUUAUGUGAGAAUUUAAAUACAAAUAAUUGUUCAAAACGGAUUAUGAAGGUGGCAGCAGAUCUAUGAACUCACUGUCCAGCUGAAUUUUAAAGGUGUCCAGCCUCUAUUAUUUUAAAAUAUGAAUUGCUAGAAAUGAGUGGAAGAAAAUCCUUGCAGCUAUUCCAUGAAAUUUUACUGCCUGAAAACUUUUGGAAGAUCUCCCAAUGAUUUCAAAAGCUCAAUUACAAUAGAACAUAGAACACUGCAACACAGUACAGGCCCCUUGGCCCACAAUGUUGUGCCAACAUUUUAUCUUGCUCUAACAUCUAUCUAAACCUUCCCUCCCACAUAGCCCCCAUUUUUCUAUCAUUCGUGUCUCUUAAAUGUCCCUUAAAUGUCAUAAGGUGAAUAAAAUGGAAUAAUUUGAC